CCCAAACAAUUUUUUUCCAUAAUGUGCUCCUGCCCGUCGUCUUGUUGCUUGCCUAACUAACAUUUUCCCAUCGUUAUUUCUCUCCCGAACGGAAUACAUAGAAUCUCAGACGAGCUUGACGCUCACUAAAAUAGAAAUAUUUGCUCAAAACAGAUGAUAGAAUAGCUGCUAUGUUGAUGACGGGCGGGGAAUGGCAAAACAACGACGACACGUACGUAGUACCACGGUGCGGGGAAUGCAUGAAAGUGUAUAUAUCAUACCUCGUUCGUUCUUUUGGGGCUCUGUGUGUGAAAGAAUAGUCAUGGAGAUCAGGCCAUCAUUGGUGGUACAAGAAAAAACUCACCCCGCACUACAUUGCGAGACGCUUUAGCAGAUGGAGUAAAGAUACGCGCACUAUUUCUAUUCACCUCCCCAAAACCCCCCUGUUGCGUAAUCAGUCAUGUCAGUUGCUACUCGAUCGAUUCCAAACCGUAUUGCACGCUUUGCUGCAUAUGAAUGCACUGCCGAUUUAUCUCACCUGAGCACCCAUGAGCGUGCCGCUAUCCCUAAACUUGUCAAGGCCGCCAAGCUGUUUGAUCAGAUCUACUUGCGUCAGGCUUGGUCUGGUAACGAAGCACUUCAGGAAAAGCUCAAGGAGAAAGGCGAUCGCGACUUGUGUCUGUUAUUCGAUAUGUACAAAGGACCUUGGGCGAGCGAGGAUGAAAAUGUACCGUUUAUUGAAGGCGUACCCAAGCGUCCGGAGGGAGGAAACUUCUACCCUGAAGAUAUGAAGAAGGAGGAAUUUGAGGAGUGGGUUAAAACGUUGUCGUCUCCCGAAGAACAACGACACGCCAAAGGCUUAUACACCACUAUACGGCGCAACAACGAUGGUAUUUUAGGAUACGUUCCUUACAACCAGGAGUACAAGGAUUUGCUUGAGCCAGCAGCAAAGCUGAUGCAUGAAGCAGCGGACGACUUGGCUCAAUUGGCUCCCUUGGAGGAAAAGGGCACCAACAUUCAAACGUUCCUUCGUUCGCGUGCUGAUGCCCUGUCAUCCAAUGAUUAUCUGCCUUCUGAGUUGGACUGGCUUUCGUUGAGUAAGAGCAACAAACUGGAGAUCACUGCUGGUCCUUAUGAGGUCUACACCGAUGCCAUUUUUGGUUACAAGAGUGCUUAUGAGUUUUAUGUGCAUGUGCGCGACGAGGCCUCGUCGCGUCUUUUGGAGGCGUUCAGUGAUCUUCAGUUUGUGGAGGAUCAUUUGCCUAUUCCCGACAAGUACAAGAACGACAAGCUGAUCCCAGCACCUAUUGUUGUGGUCAACCAGCUCUUCUCUGGCGGUGAUGUAGCAGUCCCCAUGACAGCAGCAUACAAUCUUCCCAAUGAUGAAGAGGCAGUAAAGAAAGGUGGCAGCAAGCUUGUGCUUAUAAAAAACGUGCAAGAAGGCAAAUUCAAGCAUGUCAUGGCACCUAUUGCCGAGCAAGUGCUUGCAAAGGAUCAGCUCCAGUACCUCUCUGCUGACGCUUUCACCACUCAUAUCCUGCUCCAUGAAGUGUGCCAUUCAAACGGUCCACACCACACUUUGGGAGGCGACACUGUCCGAUCCAAACUUCAAGAACAUCACUCUGCUUUGGAAGAGGCCAAAGCUGAUAUCGCUGCCUUGUUCGCUGCACAUUUGAUGGUCGAAAAGGGUAAAAUUGAAAAUGUAACAAGCCGACAGUUCUGGGCGACGUUUUUGGCUGCAGCCUUCCGAAGCAUUCGAUUCGGUAUCCAAGAAGCACACGGCCUUGGACAGGCGUGCCAAUUGAACUACUUGUUGGAGAAGGGUGGCGCUACUUGCGAUCCUGCAACCAACCUUUUCAGUGUCGACUUUGACAAGAUCGAGCAAGCUGUUGCUGACUUGACCCAUGACAUCAUGGUCCUGCAAGGUGAUGGUGAUAAGAAGGCUGUGGAUGACUUUGUCGAGAAGUACAGCAAGCUUGGUCACGAGACCAAGAAAGCGCUGGAUCGCAUUGAAGAAGCUGGCAUUCCCGUGGAUAUCAGACCCAUCUAUCCCAUUGCUGAGGAACAAUAAAGUCAAACCGAAAAUUUGAUU